UUUCUGUAAAAGUUCUUCGGUGUGCGAAUGGAGAGUACUUUGUUUAUCUUACGACUUUUUUAUCGAUACCUUACACAUGUACAAAUAGCUUUCUUACAUACUGUAAUAUAACUGAUUUGGGUAAACCACAGUAACUUUUCGAGAUUUUAAUUUUUUUGUCAAAAUGACCCCCGCAAUGUGUUGCUGUGCAUGCUGCUCUGUCGGUCAGGGAACACUUGCCAUUGGAAUUUUCAACAUUGGCUUCGUUACAUCUGUCUCGCUAGUGGUCACAUCUUCUUGUCCGCAGUUCUAGUCAUUUUUGCAUCUCUCCUAGUGCACGGAUACACCCGGCGCAAUUACCGCUACCUUCUGCCCUGGCUGUUCUGCAAUUAUGUUUCCCUUGUCCUAAUCGUUGUCUGGAUUGUGUUAAUUUGCGCAAUUUACGCCAUCGCGUUGGAGCUACAGUUGGUCCUUUUUAUACUCGUCGUGUGUUCGGUAUUAUUAGGAAUUGAGACGUAUUGUGUCUUUGUCGUGAAAGCAUUCGAGGAUGAGCUACGAGCCGGAGAGCCAAGUCGCACUAGUCUGUGAGAAUAUUAUUUAAGACAAUGUUCUUCCCAGAGGUUUCACUUUGUACAUAUGUAUCAAUUUCUUUAGAUAUAUCCAUACAUAUUUAAAUUUUGUUUUCAAAUAAAUUUUUAUGGAAUUGCUGUCAUUUAUUUCUACAUACAUUCAUACACAAAUAUGUAUGUAUAUCCCGGAAAAUUACAAUGAAAUAAAGUUGGA